CUGUGUCAGUCAAGCGAUUUUUCGCCCAGUGACACUGCAGCUGUGUGUCCGGACAUGUAGAGCUCAUAGCGGCUUGGCCUUUGUUAGCGGGUCGGUGAAAGAACCGAGAAAGCUAGAGGAGCCGCAUUCAUGCACUUACAGAGAGGAAAAUGAUCAUCUGUACAAAAAAUAUGGAUUAUCGCCUCGGAACUCAGUGCCAGUUGGUUCAAAAUCAGGUGAUGGUGAACUCUGAGAAAGACCGUGCUUCUCUGUUGCGUGUUAAGGCUUUGGCCAGCAGGGGGCGUCUGGACACGGUGUCUCAGCAGAUGGCCUCCCAUCCACAGUACCUGGAGAGUUUCCUGCGAACCCAGCACUACAUCCUCUAUAUGGAUGGCCCGUUGCCCCUGCCUUACCGCCAUUACAUUGCCAUCAUGGCUGCAGCACGGCAUCAUUGUAGUUACUUGGUGUCUUUGCACUCGGCUCAGUUCCUGCGUGUAGGCGGAGACCCGUCAUGGCUUCAGGGGCUGGAGGCAGCGCCCCCGCGUCUACAACAGCUCGACCACAUCAACAAGGUCCUGGCCCAUCAACCCUGGCUCACAGCUCGCACACACAUACAGGCGCUACUCAAAACAGGAGAGCAGUGCUGGUCUCUGGCUGAGCUGGUACAGGCGGUGGUUCUUCUGGCCCACUGUCACUCGCUUUGUAGUUUUGUUUUUGGUUCCGGUUCAGACCCGGACAUCGCGGCCACUUCCAGGGUCCCUCACGGCACGCCCCCAGGCUUCUGUCUCUGUGACGCUGCUAACGGAAAUACGGCCCUAUCACCAGCCCCUGCUGCACCCCCUGAAAAAACACAACGGCGAAGGUCCCUAGACUCCAGCUGUGAGGUCGCUUGCUUUCGAGAGCAAAUCCAAAAAGAGGAGAAGGAACGAAAAGGAGAUCGAAUAGGAGUGUCACAGACACUCCCACAUGCAGAUGCAGAGGAAGAGGAGGAGGCGAUGUGCUCUGCUGACCCCUCCCGCUUCGUCACGGAUCCAGAAUUCGGAUACCAGGAAUUCACCCGACGGGAGGAGGACCAUUUCCAAGUAUUUCGAGUGCAGGACUACUCGUGGGAGGAUCACGGCUUCUCGCUGGUCAACAGGUUGUACUCAGAUAUAGGCCACUUGCUAGACGAGCGGUUUCGCAAUGUGGCUUCCCUCCCUUUCCCUCAUAGCCCCGACCUCAAAAGAGCCAUCUGGAACUAUAUUCAUUGCAUCUACGGCAUAAGGUAUGAUGAUUAUGAUUACGGGGAAGUUAACCGAUUGAUGGAGCGUGGCAUGAAACUUUAUAUAAAAGCCCUGGCCUGCUAUCCCGACUCCAGCAAGACCCCUCUGUGUCCGCUCUCCUGGGCUCCUAUCAAAGCUUCAGAGAAGGUCCAUGUAAAUGUAUUGGUGAUGGAGGCACGUCUGCAGGCCGAGCUGCUGUAUGCGCUCAGAGCCAUCACUCAAUACAUGAUCGCGUAGGACACAAGUAUUUAACGCCACAGAGACACAGUGUGACACAAUCGCAUGGGACAAUAGAGGAAAAUCACAGAUGGAGAAGUAAUACGAACGCGAGAUCUGUCACUUCUAUAUGUGUUGUGUCUGUGAUACAUGGCGAGUUUACUGGCGUGACACAAGGUACUUUUGUGAAACAAUUCUUUGCCAAAGGAGAAACUUUAGGAAAAACGGUGCAAAGCAAUCUUUCCUGUCAUUUCUGCAUGUUUUCCCUUCUGCUUUGUUUCUAUAGUGUUCUGUGAGUGUACUCUUCAUUUUCUACCUUUUUUAGUAUCAUUAUCUCGGAUUGUUAAUGUGCAAUUAUUUUUAUUCAGUUGUUAUUAAUAUUUUCCUCGUUGUUUGUUUGUUUUUGUUGUCGAAAGAAAGAAGUGUCCAACUGUUUGAUUCCAAGGUAUCGGUUUCUUGGAAGGGUCUAAGCCAAUUGAGUCACUGUUUACAGGAUAUGAGUGAGAGGACAAAUGUGUUUGCUUAACAUGGCUUUCAUAUGUUAAAUGUUGAACAGUGAGAUCAGAGCAAAAUUUAACAAAGGGUAUGAAAAUGCCUGAUACUUUGGUUUUAAUUAGCACUUUUAAGACAGUAUGUAGAUUAUCUCCAUAAGCUUUAUUCGGCACACAAUUUGUCCAAGUAGCAUUUUUCACUCAUUUAGAUUAAAAAAUGAUGAUGUGUACGGAUAAUCACGCCUGUUGCACAGGCGGUAUAAAUAUCGAUGUGGGUACAUUCAUAGGUUUUGUAACACCUGGUCUAAUUAUUCAUCUCAAACUUAACAAUGGCAAUGUUUAAUUUGGACAGUCAAAUGCUUACAUUGCAUUCAAAUUUUCUUUAUUUGGUCUCUCGUGGCAGACAAUCUGUUUACCUGCUCUAUACAGACUGCCCUGUUAACGCACUAAAUAAUUAAACUCCCUUAAAUUGUCUGCUAAAUAGAAAUGAAUAACUAUCCACUGAGUGAUUUGUCAAAUGACCAGUGAUCACUGAAAAAUAUUGUGUGGACAUCAAGUGUUAGUAUGAAGUAUAUAAUAAUUGGGACUUAUUUUAUUUUAUCUUUUUUUUUUUUUUUAAAUAAGAAGUCACCGUGAAAUGUACGCGAGGAGAUAAAUAUUCAGAUAAGCUUAUGAAAAUGUGAUUUUAAUAUUGACAUGAUGGUGUAGAUCAAAUGAAGGACUUGUGACAGAACAAUUUUGUCAACUUUGUCUUUCUAAUGCGAAUGGGUUCACGGUCAGCCCAUCUGCACCGAUUGUUCUUUUCUUUGCACUGAAACUUUUGCACGUAUACCAAGUGUGAUCGAAAUGCCUCUUUGCAGCUCUUCAUUACAAAUGUCUUGGAGAGGUAUUGAUCCCACUGAUGCCAUGAAUGUUGGGAAGGCCAAUGACCUGUACUGUGUUAACUCAUGGCUGGCUGGUUACGAAAGUUGACGAAACAACUUGGGCGCCACCUGUGUGUCUAUGUGUGUUAAACGUUGCAUUAUGUUUGUUCACUUUUAAGUGUCUUUUUUUUGCGGGAUGAUGAUGGUGUUUAUUGGUUUCAUCAGAAAUUUGUACAGAACUCAUACAGGAGCUGUUGACUCGUAGCUCAUCGGUAUGACUACACUAGACUGAAGUUUCUGAACUAAACCUCACGCUACUACAUUAACAGUCAUUCAAGCUGGGAUUGGAGGAGGAAGCGUUCUUUAUGAAAGCCUACUGACAGUAAACACCAACAACGUACAAAAUGCUCCAACAGUUUGUUGUGGAGCAGAAUAGGACUGCUGAAUGAAUGGCCAUUCUACCUUAAGCAGGACUGUCUUAAAUGCUUGUUCUUGAAUGGCAGUCUGCCACAUCCCUGAGAUGUAGACUACCACCUCAGCUGGAGGACAGAACGAACGAGCAGGGCAUUUGCCAAAAUGUUUAUUUACCACGUAAAUGUAGGAAAUAUAAAAAUUUAAAUGACCAAAAAAAGAAAAAAAACUUAAAAAUGAGCAAAAAACUUUUGAAAUGUGAAAGCUUAUUUUUUCUAUAAAGAAAUGCAAUAUGA